AUGUCAAGACAUAGAUAUUUAAAGAAUUUAACGGAUGAUGAUUAUGGAAACUAUGACGAUGAGGAUGACUAUUCAGAGGAGGAAGCAGUAGGAGGUCAACAAAACAAUGAUGAUUUCGACGAUGAGGUGUAUGAUGUCUACGAUAUGGUAAUCGAAGCAAUUCCUGACAUUGCAUUGGAAGAGAUCUACGAUGUAUUGACAGACUAUGACUUUGAUAAACAACAACCAAAACAACAAGCACCAAAGCAGCAACAACAACAACAACAGGCUAAACAGACAAACAAUAAUAACAACAAUAGUAAAGAUGAUAUCAAUAAUAAUUAUGUUGGUGGUGGAUUGCCUAAUGUAUCAAAUUUAACAAAGAUCAAUGUUGUUAGUAGACAACAAAGACAACAUUCGAGUAAUUACAAACCAUCAGAGUUAGCAUUGAAUCUCUGUGAAAUGUCACCAACUAAAAUCGUGAAACCAGAGAGUUUAGCGAUAUCACAGUUCAACUCAAUGUCAUUGUAUGAUCGUGACAAUGACAAAGACGAUCCAAUCACACCCUACAACUUUGAAGAUCCAUCACCCGAUGACAUCAUUCUAUUCAAACAAAAACAAGCAUUUAAACCAAGUGGGAAUCAAAGUAAAUCGAUUCAAAAGAAUCAAAAUGUAAAUCAAUCGGCAUCAAAGAAUAUAAAUACAAAUCAACUAAGUGAUGGAUUAAAGAAUAUAAAUAUUAAGAAGCAAACGCAGCAACAAUCGAGAACACCUUAUAAUACACCAACAGGAUCGAUUUCUUCAGAGAUGGCAGGCUCACCGUCAGACUCUGAUUUGAAUAUGGCAGCGGCUGCAAACCUGAGUGCUUCACAAGGAAAUAUCAAUGUUCACAAGAAUGUGAAACAACACUCUGCUUCUCGAAAGAAGGAGUUGGAAGAGUUGGUGCACAAUUCAUUUGCUACCACCAACAACAAGCCACAUUUGAAUAUGGUAGUGAUUGGACAUGUAGAUGCUGGAAAGUCAACUACAAUGGGUCACUUGCUGUAUAAGCUUGGCUAUGUAGACCAGAGAACUAUCAGUAAAUUCGAGAGAGAGGCAAACAACAUUGGUAAGGGUUCAUUCCACUUUGCUUGGGUGUUGGAUGAGCACCAAGAAGAGCGUGAGCGUGGUGUGACAAUGGACGUGUGUGUUCGUUACUUUGAGACCGAACACCGUAAGAUUACAUUGCUGGACGCUCCAGGACAUAGAGAUUUCGUACCCAACAUGAUCAGUGGAACGACACAAGCCGAUGUUGCUAUCCUCCUGAUCAACGCAUCAGAGUUUGAGGCUGGAUUUUCAUCGGAAGGACAGACCAAGGAACAUGCACUCCUCGCCAAAAGUCUUGGAAUCAUGCAGCUCAUUGUCGCUAUCAACAAGAUGGACUUGGUAGACUGGUCCGAAGAACGUUACAACUACAUCACAGAGACAUUAAAGCAAUUCUUGGUAUCUGCCAAAUUCAAUGAGAAGAAUCUUUAUUUCAUGCCAAUCAGUGGAUUCAAAGGUGAUAAUUUGAUCGAGAAGAUAGCUGAUCCACGUUGUUCAUGGUACACCGGUAACACUCUAGUACAACAGAUCGAUAGUUUCAGUGUUGGUGAGCGUCUUAUUAACAAACCAUUUAGAAUGGGUGUCAACGAUAUUUAUAAAACCAACUCGAAGGGCUCAGUUUUGGUCGGUGGAAAGAUCGAGGCAGGUGUGCUGGGUGUUGGCGAUAAGUUACUGAUCUCACCAGGCAAUGAGCUCUGCACAGUCAAGGCGAUCCGCAGAGCACAUAACGAUUCGGAUUGGGCAGUUGGUGGUGAUAAUAUCGAUUUGUCACUGGCGAUCGACGUCACCAAUAUCUUGCGUUUGGGAAGCAUCCUUAGCGACCCCGAAAAGCCAAUCCAGGUAUCCAAGCGAUUCUUGGCACAGAUUGUCACAUUCACAUUGCCGCUCCCGAUUACCAAUGGUUAUCAAGCGGUGUUUCACGCUCACUCUAUGGAGGAGCCAGCCACCAUUACCAAACUACUCUCACUUCUCGACAACAGUGGAGGUGUCUCCAAAAAGAAGCCACGUUGUGUAUCGGACGGCAUGACAGCGUUGGUCGAAGUUCAACUCACCAGACUGGCGUGUCUCGAAUUAUACAGCUCCUAUAGACAACUCGGUAGAUUUACACUACGUGAAUCUGGUAAAACAAUAGCAGCUGGAAUUAUCACAGAGUUUUUGGAUGUAGAUAAAGCAACUUUAAAUUCAUCUUCUUCUUCAACAUCAACAACAACAUCGACAUCAUCCUCAAUAACAUCAAAAAAUUGA